AUGAGGGAACAGCUGCAGCUAGGGAGUGUCUCCCUGCAGCAGAAGGAGGAAGAGCAGCAGCUGCAGCAACAGCAGCAAGAACAGCAGCAGGUAGAUGAGCAGCAGCAAAGUUUGGAGACAAAAGAUCUGCCUAUACCUGCUACAAUUAGUAGUUGGCGUAGAGGGCGAAGAUCUCCUUCUGCUAUAGCUAGGGGAGUAUCUGCGAAGGUGGGGGCACCCCACGAAGGGAGGAGGAAGAACAGCCUAGCAGCAGCAGCAGCAGGAGGGAUCUGGGUCGGGAUCGGGGUCUCGCUGCGAGCCCGGAUUGGGAUCGUGGUCGGCGUCAGGGCUGGGAUCGUGGUGAAGGUGAGCCUCAGUUGUGGGGCCAGGGACCGACUCGGAAUCAGGAUCGGGAACGGGAAAUGGAAGGGGGUUGGGAUCGUGUUGGCGAUUGGGAUCGUCAUCGUUUUGGAGGUCGCAGUGGGGAACGUCACCUCGAUACACUUCGUGCUCGAUAUGGAUAUCGUGCGGGUGAUGAGGGUCGCGGCUGGGAUCGUGGGACUGGUGGGGAUCGUGGUUGGGAUCGUGGAACUGGUUGGGAUCGUGGUUGGGAUCGUGGAACUGGUUGGGAUCGUGGUUGGGAUCGUGGGACUGGUGGGGAUCGUGGUUGGGAUCGUGGAACUGGUGGGGAUCGUGGUUGGGAUCGUGGAACUCGUGGAGAUCGUAGUUGGGAUCGUGGGACUGGUGGGGAUCGUAUUUGGGAUCGUGGGACUGGCGGAGAUCGUGGUUGGGAUCGUGGUGGGGAUCGUAGUUGGGAUCGUGGUGGGGAUCGUAGUUGGGAUCGUGAUGGGGAUCGUAGUUGGGAUCGUGGUGGGGAUCGUGCAGGGGAACGAGGGUACCGUCUUCCGUAUGGAUCUCGUUUUAGGGAAGGUGGUGAUGAAGGGGAUCGGGCAGGGGACCGUGCUGGAGCAAAUGAGGGUGAUUGGGGCCGUGGUGGGGAUCGUGGUGGGGAUCGUUCAGGGGAUCGUUCAGGGGAUCGUUCUGCUUAUGGAUAUCGUCAUAGGGAUAGUGCUGAUGCUGGGGCCCGUGUUCGUUAUGGGGAUCGUUUUGAGGAACGUGCUGGAGACCGUGCUGGGGAUCGUGACGGUGAUGGGGAUCGUGUUGGGGGUCGUGGGGAAGAUGGGGAUCGUGUUGGGGAUAGCGGAGCUCGUUCUUCGGAUCGCUGGAGAACGGGUGUGGAUCAUUGGGGAGCGGCUGGAGAUCGUUGGGGAGCGGCUGGAGAUCGUUGGGGAGCGGCUGGAGAUCGUUGGGGACCGGGUGGGGAUCGCUGGGGAUCGUGUUAAGGAUAGUGCUAGGAAACGUAUGGACGACCCUGGUGGGGAUCGUGUUGAGGAUGGUGAUGGGGAUCGUGAUGGGGAUCGUGAUAGGGAUCGUGAUAGGGAUCGUGAUAGGGAUCGUGAUACGGACCGUACUGAGGAUCCCCAUGGGCAUCGUGUUGAGGAUCCUGUUGAGGAACCUGUUGAGGUUCCUGUUGAGGGUCCUGCCGAGUAUCCUGUUGAGGAAGUUGUUGAGGAACCUGUAGAGGCUCCUGAUGAUGGUGUAGAUGAGGAUGCAUACUUGGAUCCUGCUGGGGAUCGUGUUGGGGAUCGUGUUGAGGAUCGUGCGAGUAGUGCGAUGGUAGAGGAGAGACAAGGGAGUAUGUGGGGUCCUAGUAUACUGAAUACUUUAUCUUGUUUAUUAGAACGGGUAGAGGAGGAGACAACAGAGAUGGCAAAAGAAUUGGAUGCUGUUUCGGCCUCUCGUUUGUUAUUAACAGUUGGCAGAUUUAUGUUGCUGGAGUUGGGAUCGGUAGGAGGAGUAUUAGGAGGAGAAGACAGACAAUGGGCAGCAAAUUGUCUCCUUAAUUUCUCUAGUGUAUUAACAGCAGCAGCAACAACAACAAGGGUAAAAGAACAAAUCUAUCAAUCUGCCAAUAAAAGCAGAGAUAUGCUGCUGCUGCAGCAGCUAGCUAUGACUGUCUCCUCCUUCUCUAUGACACCUUAUCUACAGCCACAUAUGUCUACUGUUAAGAGACAUUCCCUCUUAGUCUCUAUGAAGAUAUCUGUUAGUGCAUUAUUAAGUUUAUUGUCUUCCCUAAGAAACCAGAUAAAGUUGAGUAAUAUACAUGACAUUGUUAAGGGAGCAGCAGAAGCAGCAGCAGCAUCUGCUGCUGCAACAGCAGCAUCAGCAGAGGGUUACAAGUUAGAGGCUGCAACAGCUGUAGCUAGUGCAACAGCAGCUGCUGCAGCUGCAGCUGCUGCAGCAGCAGCAGCAAGUCAUAGAGAAUUAUAUAGUUAUCUACUAUCCAUGCAGUCAUUAGUAGAUCUAAGAAGAAAACAAAUGCUUAGACAUCCCCUUGAUUGUAUGUGGCUACUAGUAGAGGAGAGACGUUGUUGUCCUGGUUUCCUCUUUUCCUUAGAUGAGACAAUAUCCGAGAAGGGACCGCAUUAUACAUCUAAAUAUAUUAUAUUAGGAGAGAUAAAAGAAGUUGUACCUUCAGCAGCAGCAGCAGCAACGGCGGCAUCAGCAGAUGAGGGGGAGGGGAAUGAUAACGCGGAGAAGGAGGAUGAUCAACAGAUAGGGGAGGAAUACCAACCUCAUGUCGGUACCGAUCCCGCUACCGAGAAUGCCUCGGGAGGAGCAGGAGGUGGGGUGGACAAGGAGGCAGCAGCUGCAGCAAGAUCUGCUGCAGCAACUGCUGCAGCAACUGCUGCAGCAGCUGUUGCUACAGCAGCUGCAGCAGCAGCAGCAGCAGCAACAAUGCAAGCAGAUAAUAACCCAUGGGUAUCUUAUGUUCCUCCCUCAAGCCGACAAAAGGAGACAAAAUACACAAUUUUUGGAAGGGGAGAGGAGGAGGCGGAGAGAAAGGAGACGAUCCCGAUCCCACAGACGACCCCGAUCCCACAGACGACCCCGAUCCCACAGACGACCUCGAUCGCACAGACGACUUCGACCGCACAGACGAUCUCGCUCCCACAGACGAUCCCGAUCCCACAGACGACUCCGCCCCCCAAGACGAUCCCGACCGCAAAGACGGCCCCGAUCCCAAGGUAUAUACCUCCAAGGUUAAGGCAAUCGAGUCAGAGCGAGCAAACCUCAGCUGCAGCAGCAGCAACAACAGCAACAGCAACAGAAGGAACAGAAACACAGCAGCAGCAGCAGCAGGUGCAGUCACUACAAGAAUGGGGACAGGGAGAAUCGUCAUGGCAGCAAACUGAUCCUGCAGCAGCAGCAGCUGCUGCUGCUGCUGCUUUCUUUAGAGACAGAGUUGGUGCAGGCAGCAUGCAGAGACGAACACCCCUGCAACAGCAGCAAGCGGCAGAGGGGGAGGGAGACGAGGAGACAGUUGAUGAUGGGGAGGUGACACUAGUGGCGGAGACAGGAGGAGACACUUUCCCUUUUCUAGACGACACUUAUCCAUACACCUGGGGGAUACAAUUGUUACCUGGGGAGACACAACAGGAGACAGUUGGAUUUGUAUGGGAGCCAAGGGGGGAGGGAGGGGAGACAGGAGGAGACGGUCAGGGAGGAGAGACAGGAGGCGCUUAUGGAGGAGACUGGAUAGAUAGUUUAUUAACGGAGACAAGUCCUUAUUAUCCUGUGUGGUCAACAGGAGAUAGUAAUGAGGAGGCAGCAGCAGCAGCAGCAGCAGAAGAAGAAGAAGAAGAUAUAAGGGGACAGGGAACAGCAGACCCCCUAUGGCAGGAGGAGACAGGUUAUAUGCCAUGGCAAGAGGAGGCAGAACAAUAUAAUUGGGAUAGUCGUCUCUUUGAGGAGGGGACAGGUAGUCCCUUUAUUUAUAGAGGGAGCAGACACAUGGGGGGGCAGACAGGGAGGCGACAGCAGCAGCAAGAGCAGCAACAGCAGCAGCAGCAGCAGCAGAUAUGGAUGGGACAGCAGCAGGAGCAGACAGGAGUUGUCUCCUCACCAGAGGCCUUAUAUAUACAACAAGGACUAUAUGUAUACCCAAAGGCAGUAAGGGUAUACCCUCAAUUGGAGAGGAGACAGUUACUGUCGGAGACAGGAGACACCUGGCAGGAGACACAGGUGACACCUGAGGAGACACCUGAGGAGACACCUGAGGAGACACCUCAUGAGACAGAGGAGGCAGCUGGUUUCCAGUUGGUGCCCAGUGGUCACCAGUGGUCUCCUGGGGUGUAUAGUAAGGGAGGAAGGACAUCGCAUGCAAUAGAUAUAAGGGGAAGUAAGGAGACAGUAGGUGGGCGAUCAGGAGACGGUAUUGGGAUCGGGAACGGGAUCGGGAUCGGGGAUCGAUCCCACUCCCCACACUCGGAUGCCUCCAGGGGCUCUCGCCUCUCUGCAUGGGUCAAAAUAGACGAGGAGGAGACACAAAAAGAGACAGUAAAGGGGACAGUAAAGGAGACAGAAGAAGAGACAGGAAAGGGGACGGAUAAGGGGACAGGAAAGGGGACAGAUAAGGGAAAAGGAGACAGGAAAGACCCCUUAGACUUUGAUACAUUAGCAGCAGAACUAUCAGCAAUCAUGGAUCCUUCUUCUUCUUCUUCUCCUCCUGUUGUCCCCCGUAGGAGACAAGAAGAAGGAAACGAGACAGGUAAAGAAGACAGGCAAGGGGGCCCCCCUAGGGGAGAAGGAGACAGGCAAGGGGGCCCCCCUAGGGGAGAAGGAGACAGGCAAGGGGGCCCCCCUAGAGGAGAAGGCGAAAGGGAAGGGGGCCCCCCCUAG